GGCUGUGUGUCAAAGGACGAGGCGCUAGCUGCGCCAAUCGGAUCACAAGACCUUGAGCGGCUGCCAAGUCUGGGAACUAGUCGGCAGCGGGACGGUCGCACGGGCUGGGGCUUCUCUUGAGCAACAAGGAACCCAGCAGCUGAGGAGUUAAAGCGCCCUUUCUUCUUUCUCUUGCAAACAUCACACACCCCAGCGGGCAGCGGUGGUGCCGUCCAGCCAGUUACACGGCCAGGCGGGCAGCCUUUGUUCCCAAAACCUGUUGCGUGGCACAAGGUCCCUUGAUUGGGCGGGAGGAAGAGGAGGAGUUGUAGGGGCGUCCCAUUUCACUCCCAGGCCCUUUGAUGCUUCGCUGCGAGCUUCCCGAACGGCUCGGCGGGGGUGUGAAACUGGCAGGAAAGCCCAAUGCCAGCGUGUGUUUACUUGAAAACUUCCGAGCCGUGCAAGGAGGUGGGCGGGCUUCGCGCAAAGAGGGCGGCCGAUCCUCCGCGCGGAGUGGUGGGGGAGAAACCCAAUCUGGAGAGAGCAUGGCCAGGGGGGCUCUCUGUGUACGUCAACGCUGCCUAGACCUGGAGUGCAAUCGUGUCUUUACGCCCGUGCUGCAUGAUGCAGCAGAAAACUGCACUUUGGGUGCAGACACCGAGCUAACAUGCAUUGCUGCUCAAAGACCUUUUGUCAAGUAGCGAUUGUUUCGUAAUUCACCCACGUGAUGCAAGCACCCUGCAACCCGAGCUUAUGCGUGUUUACUCAAAGUAAGCGCCCGAGUUCAACGUGCACAGGGGUUGCGGUCUCGGCGCACAAGCCUUGCGGAAACCCCUUCCUCUUCAUACUACAAACCUGAGGUUCAGCAGGUGUAGGAGCCACGCUGCAUUCUCGAGCAAACUGCAUUUGUGCUUUGCCGGCGCUUAACCUCAUGGGAGUUUCCUGUGCACAUGGCGUUUAUUGCAAGCCUCGCGGAAACUGCGCCGCCCAUAACUAAGCAAGCCUUUUGUAUACAGAAUGCACUGUGCAAAAUAAGCCAGCCUUAUAGGAUGUCUUCCCUGGUGCAUGUUCCGAUGAGAAAAGUAAACCUGCACCCUUGACUGCGUAUAUUGGCCGCGCUUAUAGAGAGGGAACAGUACCUUCUCUAUGCGAGCCAGCGAGCCUCCAGCGCGUGCCUAGCACAGCAAGGACUGGGGGGAACCGAUCGCUUUGCGCGGCCUUAAGACUUGCUUUGGCGAACGCGACCCUUCCCGAGACCUCGCCCCCUCCUUUCUGGAUCACUUCUCCAACUUGCCCCACCUCCCUCCUCUCCCGGCCGCUGAAAGAAAAUUGGCGGCGCCCAAUGAGAAGGAGCGCCGAGACAAAAGAGGCCGGGCUAGGCUGGGUGGGAGGGGAACCUCUGGGUGCUGUUGCUGGGAGACCCCGGCCGGGUCAGUGUUGGGUCCCUCCCCGCUGUCCUGGCGUUUAUAUAUGGGGCGUGUACGGCAGUCGCGGAGUUCCAGCACUCGAGAUAGCUGCGGCCGCCGCUUUGGCUGGGCACCCGCUUCCCCAUCUCGGUUGGGAAAUUGAUUAUAUAGACUUUUUCAGCUCUCAAGCAAUCCGCCCUUUCCUAUCCAGUCGUGGCUCACCCAAAGCUUCCGAGGAAAGUGGGAUCUUUCGGUCCUUCCUGCAUUUCCGACCAUUACAGGAUCUAGAAAUGUCUACAACACUCUUAUCUGCCUUCUACGACAUCGACUUCUUGUGCAAGACCGAGAAAUCCCUGAGCAGCAUGCUGGACAAGAAGGCGGUGGGGAGCCCCGUGGGCACUUCGCCCAGCUCCAACUUCGCGCCGGGCUUCCUGCGGAGGCAUUCGACCAGCAACCUGCAGGCUCUGGCUAACGGCAACGCCAAGUUCCCGGCGGGCUCGCCGUCGCCUUCGCCCUCUUCCUUCGGCGGCCUCAAGGAGCCUGGCACCGGAGGAGGAGGCGGCGGCGGCGGCGGAGGGAGCAGCAGCCCCACCACCGCCUUGCUGAACAAGGAGAACAAGUUCCGAGACCGCUCGUUCAGCGAGAAUGGCGAGCGCAGCCAACACCUCAUGCAGCAGCUCCAGCAGCAGCAAGUGGUGGUGGUGGCGGCUUCUUCGGCGGGGAAGGGCGGCGGCGGCAAUGGCAACGGCGGAGGGGGCGGCGGGGCUCCCAUCAACUCGACGCGCUACAAGACGGAGCUGUGCCGGCCCUUCGAGGAGAGCGGCGCCUGCAAGUACGGCGAGAAGUGCCAGUUCGCGCACGGCUUCCACGAGCUGCGCAGCCUGACGCGCCACCCCAAGUACAAGACGGAGUUGUGCCGCACCUUCCACACCAUCGGCUUCUGCCCCUACGGGCCGCGCUGCCACUUCAUCCACAACGCCGACGAGCGCCGCCCCGCGCCCGCCAACGGCAACGGCGCCAACCCCGCGACGCCGCAGCACCAGCCGCCGCCCCACCAGACCAGCGCGCCGCCCCCGACGCACAGCGGCGGCCACCACCACCCUCUGCACCCGCCGCACGCGGGAAGCACCGGCGACCUACGCGCCUUUGCGCCCUCCGCCCGCGACCACCCGCUGGCGGGCAGCGGCUUCGGCAUCCCCCACCCUCGAGGCGGAGGGGGGGACAGGCCCAAACUGCACCACAGCCUCAGCUUUUCCGGCUUCUCGGCGCACCACCACCAGCACCACCACGGAGGGGCGCCGGGCGGCUUGGAAGCGGCGGCGGCAGCGGCCGCGGCGGCAGCCUUGCUCCUGGAGAGCCCCGGCGGGUCUCGCACGCCGCCGCCUGCGCGCUCCUCGGGCGGCUCGUACUGCGACGAGCUGGUGGCCUCCCCGCCGUGCGCCAACAACGCCUUCGCCUUCUCGGCGGGCCAGGAGCUGGGCAGCCUCAUCGCGCCGCUCGCCCUCCACGCGCCGCCGCCGCCGCCUCCCCCUCCGGCCGGCUGCUUCGCCAACGCGGCCGCCACCUUCUACCGCUGCCACCAGCAGCCGGGCGGAGGAGGAGGCGGCAGCGGCGGGGCGGGAGGAGGAGGAGGCGGGAACUGCUGCCCGCCGCCCGGCCCUCCGGCCUCGCCUCCUUUCACCUUCCAGCCUUUGCGCCGCCUCUCCGAGUCGCCCGUUUUCGACGCCCCGCCGAGCCCUCCGGAUUCCCUGUCCGACCGAGAGAGCUACCUGAGCGGCUCCCUCAGCUCGGGCAGCCUCAGCGGCUCGGAGUCGCCCAGCCUGGACUCGGGCAGGCGCCUGCCCAUCUUCAGCCGCCUCUCCAUCUCCGACGACUAAGGAGGCGCCAGGACUUUGGGGGCGCGGAGGGCAGGUGUCCUAUGGUUGUCAAUCCUUGGGGACCCCUGCUUUUAUUUUUUUUGAAGGGAGGGUCCCUCGUUGGGCAAGCUACCCCCUUUCCCCUCUUCAAUGCCCCCUAUUAUUUCCCUGCCUCCUCACCAGGAGCAGAGACUGCAGCAGCCUCCAGAUACUAGCCAAGCUCGCACAGACCCUUUUCUGUUUUCUCCCCCACACUUUUUUGUGUGUUCCUUUUUAAGCAAGAGAAAUCCUUUUGCUGAGCAAAUUCAGAGAGGAGACAGGAAAAAAGAAGCUUCCCCCGCCCCCCCCUUUUAUCAAGAGCUGAACAAAUGCCAGUUUGUGAAAGGGCAAAUGAUGUCAUCAAGAGAACAAUCUUAUUUUUAUAUAUAAAGAGACUGGAAGGAGAGGAUUUCUCCUCUCCCCCCUCCUCUUUUUAGACUAGGUUAUAAAUGUGCACCAGCAGCAGCAGCCAUUCCAUCUUCCAAGUGUGUUUUAUGGGGAGGGGAGGAAACAAAGGGUAAUAAUAAGCAUUAGCAAACAGCUCUGCCCAAUCCUACUCCCCCAGGAAUCAACAAUCAUUCUGGAGGCCCAUGAACUCUGCAUUCCAGGUCCCUCCAGAUCGCUAUACAACAACAAAAAAAGAAUUUAAAGUAAGGAGUGUGGGGUUUUUUUGCCUUUCAAUCAAAUUUAAAGUAAAUAUACUAAAUGUAUAAGCUUUUAAAAGAAAAAUCCAACAUCCUGCCAAGAAUAUGCCUUGAUAACACUCUAGUUUUUUUAUAUAUAUCUUAUAUAUAUUAUAACAUGCUAAAACUUCCAUUCCAAAGUUUAAUAUUGGUUCCAUUGCCACCACUUAGUGGAUGUUUGGCUUAGAACAAUUUUUUUGUUGCUUUAUUUGGAAGCAUUCAACUGAAUUUAGUUUGUAAUUGUUGGAGAAUAACUGCUGAUUUUUUAAUUUUUUUUAGCUGAGUUGAUUGCGCAAGUCACUGCACAACUCAAUAUGAAACUAUUUAACUUAUUUAUUAUCUUGUGAAAAGUAUACAUUGGUAAUUUGUUCAUACUGUAUUUAUCGGGUAUGAUGAAAAGCAAUAGAUAUAUAUUCUUUUAUUAUGUUUAAAUUAUGAUUGCCAUUAUUAAUCGGCAAAAUGUGGAGUGUGUUCUUUUCACAGUAAUAUAUGCCUUUUUGUAACUUCACUUGGUUAUUUUAUUGUAAAUGAGUAAAAUUCUUAAUUUAAGAGAUUGUAUGUAAUAUUUAUUUCAUUAAUUUCUUUCCUUGUUUACGUAAAUUGAAAGAUUGCAUUGGCCUUUUUUUAUAUAGAAAUCUGACUCAAUGCUGUGGAAGUAGUUUUGAGAAAUUUCAAUGGGUUGUGUUGUUUUUUAGAAUGUACAAUGGUUGUAACCCGUCCAAGUUUAAACCUACUUUGCAAUCAGAAUUUAAAGUGGCAAAACCUAAUUCAAACUUUUAAAAUUAACCAAAAAGUAUUCGUGUUGCCUAACUUCACCAAUCACACUGUGAUAGUUAAAAAGUAUGUAGCAAUAAAGGGGGGGAGGGGGGAGCCCAGUAUUACGUCCCACAGUGCCUUCAUAAGGGUCCAUGCUUGCCUUAAAUCUUCCUCAACCAAAUGAGUAUUUUCUUAAUGCUUGAGAAUUUGAAUGUAGGGCUGGGGGUUUUAACUACAUGAAAUUGUACCACUCGUGUAAGUAAGGAGGCCACAUUUGGGACCUGAACCUGUAAAUGUGUUCAGGAUCAUAUCUUUUACAGUUCCAAAACAUGAAACUUUUUGUUUGGAAAAAAAAGUCAGGAGUUAUACAAAACUUUCAUGGGAGGGUGAAAAUGGAUGAAUGAGCAGUACCUUUUUUUUAUUAAAAAAGAAAAGAAAACGUACAUAGGUACAGAUUCAGCACUAUGUACUCUUUGGACUACUUUAACAUAAGAAGUAUGUUUUGAAUGUAACUAGAAGAUAAGUCAACUUGAGUUGUAAUAUAUUUUGGAGAGUCAGUUCACUACAAAUUUGGAGUGCGAGACUGUAAACUUUGUACUGUAAAUGUUUUGUAGUUCUCCCAAUAAAAACUCUUGAGGAAAAAAAAUCCCAAGCUAUUAAAAGCCAA